AAAUUUCUCUCACACUAAAAAACACCUAAAAAUUCUUUUUAUCUCUCAAAUGAAAUGAUGGUGUCAAUAAAUUGUUUACUCCUAGGAAUGACUUCUUUUGUUGAUACUUUUGUGGUUAACGUUGCUAAAGAAAGCAACAUUCAUGGUUUUUUGGUUAAAUUUGAUGAUUUAAAGAUUUCAGACCUCAAGUUUCUUGUCUAUAAUGAGAUUAAUCAUGAUAUUAAGUUUAAUUAUAAGUACAUUGACCUUUGAAAGGUCGACAUCGCUUACGGUGAAAGAGACAAACUUAAACAUGUUACUACCAAAGAUGAUAUUAUAGAAAAAUUUGGAGGCGAGCAGUUGAUACCCAUAUUCUUGAUUAAG